UUGAACAACAUAAAAGCAAAGGGUUUAGUCCUAUUUCUCACCUUUGAAGCACAAAUUAAGAGAUACAGUGUAGUUUGUUUUCUUUACAUAGGUGUAUAGAACUUUACCAAAAAAAAACCCAAAAACACUGGUUCAAGUGUCAGGAGACCUGGGUCCUAGGCUCUUCACAAAGAUGCUGUGACCUUUAACUCUGUGCACAUAUUUGCUUUGUGCCUGGGAGGGUUAAGCAUUAGAGAAGUAAGUAAAGAGCAUAACAUCAUACCUGGCGCACAGAAGCGCCCCCCAAACGGCAGGCAUUAUGUAGUAACUCUCUGAAAAUCUGGCCCAUCAGGAUAACGAAAAUGGUACGUUUGGCAGCGAGAAGGGGCAACCACAUCAUGAGACACCGCCCGUCGAAAGAAGAGCGCGGAACUAGAGUCGCGUGGGGUAAAAACUACACCUCCCGCCGGGCUUUGCGGCGGCGUCGGCCCGCCUUACCCAGAGUCGCCCUGUCUAAAUCGCGCGUGUCUUUCCGCAGAGGCCCCGGAUGUAGACGCCCUCCCAGCUCAAUGGGUGUGACUUCACGUAGGCUCUGAGACCUGGGGCGCUCUCAUUGGCUGUGGGUCUUCCAGCAGGAUUGGACGCGAAAGAAGGGGCGGUGUCCAAGACGCACGGCGCUGUGGCAACAGCCAGUCAGAAGCGAGGCCGGGCUUUGGCGGGAGGUGGGAACGCAGUAGCUGAGCAGAUUUGGCGCGAGCGCGGCUGGGCUUUGCUGCGGCUGGUGUGUAGUUUGCUCAGGAUCUUGUGGAGAGUCCCUGAGGCCGUGUGUGAGACGUGAGAAGGAGCCUGCACCGAGCUGUGUUGCCAUCAUGCCUCAAACCCGAUCCCAGGCACAGGCUACAAUCAAUUUUCCAAAAAAGAAAUUGCCUGGGACCUUGGACACCAGACUAGGACCGAUAAAUGUCCAGGCUAUCCCCUGUUCUCCUUGUGUAAAAAUUCUGCCUCUCAGCCCCAGAAAACGUCUGGGUGAUGACAACCUAUGCAACACUCCUCAUUUACCUCCCUGUUCUCCACCAAAGCAAGGCAAGAAAGAGAAUGGUCCCCCUCGCUCACACACACCUAAGGGAAAGGGACGCAGAUUGGUAUUUGACAAUCAGCUGACAGUUAAAUCUCCUAGCAAAAGAGAACAAGCCAAAGUUCACCAAAACAAAAUACUUUCCUCAGUUCAAAACAGUCAAGAGAGCACAACAAAUCCUAAGCAGAGAUGUCCGUUGGAGAAAGAAUCUGCAUGUAUGAGACUGUUCAAGCAAGAAGGUACUUACUACCAGCAAGCAAAGCUGGUCCUGAAUACAGCUGUCCCAGAUCGGCUGCCUGCCAGGGAAAAGGAGAUGGAUGUCAUCAGGAAUUUCCUGAGGGAACACAUCUGUGGGAAAAAAGCUGGAAGUCUUUACCUUUCUGGUGCUCCUGGAACUGGAAAAACUGCCUGCUUAAGCCGAAUUCUGCAAGACCUCAAGAAGGAACUGAAAGGCUUUAAAACUAUCAUGCUGAAUUGCAUGUCCUUGAGGAGUGCCCAGGCUGUAUUCCCAGCUAUUGCUCAGGAGAUUUGUCAGGAAGAAGCAUCCAGGCCAGCUGGGAAGGACAUGAUGAGAAAAUUGGAAAAACAUAUGACUGCAGAAAAGGGCCCCAUGAUUGUGUUGGUGUUGGAUGAGAUGGAUCAACUGGACAGCAAAGGGCAGGAUGUAUUGUACACACUGUUUGAAUGGCCAUGGCUAAGCAACUCCCGAUUGGUGCUGAUUGGUAUUGCUAAUACCCUGGAUCUCACAGACAGAAUUCUGCCUAGGCUUCAAGCUAGAGGAAAAUGUAAACCACAGCUACUGAACUUUCCACCUUAUACCAGAGUUCAGAUAGCUACUAUCUUACAAGACCGACUUAAUCAGGUGUCUAGAGAUCAGGUUCUGGAUAAUGCUGCAAUUCAGUUCUGUGCCCGCAAAGUCUCUGCUGUUUCAGGAGAUGUUCGCAAAGCACUAGAUGUUUGCAGGAGAGCUAUUGAAAUUGUAGAGUCGGAUGUCAAAAGCCAGACUAUCCUCAAACCACUGUCUGAAUGUAAAUCACCCUCUGAGUCUCUGAUUCCCAAGCGGGUUGGUCUUAUUCACAUAUCCCAAGUCAUUUCAGAAGUUGAUAGUAACAGGAUGACCUUGAGCCAAGAAGGAGCACAAGAUUCCUUCCCUCUUCAGCAGAAGAUCUUGGUCUGUUCUUUGCUGCUCUUGACCAGGCAGUUAAAAAUCAAAGAGGUCACUCUGGGGAAGUUAUACGAAGCUUAUAGUAAAGUCUGUCACAAACAGCAGGUGGCAGCUGUGGACCAGUCAGAGUGUUUGUCACUUUCCGGCCUCUUGGAGGCCAGGGGCAUUUUAGGAUUAAAGAAAAACAAGGAAACCCGCUUAACAAAGGUAUCUUUGAAGAUUGAAGAGAAGGAAAUAGAGCAUGCUCUGAAAGACAAAGCUUUAAUUGGAAAUAUCUUAGCUACUGGAUUGCCUUAAAUGCUUCUCUUAUACCCUACCUGAAAGUAUUCAGCUGGCAUUUAGAGAGCUACAGAGUCUUCAUUUUAGUACUUUAUAUAUUCAGGUCUGAAAACAAAUAUGGCCUUUUUUACUUGAAACCAAUGAAUUUUAAUCUAUAGAUUCAUUAAUAUCUUUGGGUCUUAUUUGUACCCAUAAAAGUGAACAAGUAGACCCUUUUUAAUUGCAUUCAGUACUUCUACCACUUGUGUGUCUCUAACUGGUGUGCUUGCAAGUAUACAGAUUUGUGUUGUGGGAUGUGUAUAUAUUUACCUCUUAGUAAGAAUUUUUAGGUUAAGGUAAGAAAAAUGAAAAUGAUCCAGAAAAAUAAGCAAGUCCACAUGGAGACUUGGAGGACAGUUUGGUCAAAGCAUUUUUUUUUAUUGGAGUAUAAUGUGUUCAUGUUGCAGGUAUUACCGCACUGUGACAUUUUAAAGACUCAUUGAGUUUCUUGGGCACUCCCAAGGUUGUGGGGGUGGUAAGGAGAAUGUAACUCUACAGAUUGUGAAUAUAUUUAUUUUCAAGUUGCA